AUGAUAAAAACCAACAGUCGAGUUUGGCUGCUGGACGAGAUGGUCCAAGUCUUGCCCGACGAUGUAUUGGAAAUACUUGUAGGUCUCGUUCAACUUGUCAACCCAAAGCUGGUCCUGUACCUCGUGGGCGAGAUUGACAAGCGUGUUGGUAUCCAUAAUAUCGCGCAAGGCCUCGAAGUCUGA